CUGUCUCCCGUUGUCAUGAUUGAUUUUGAACCGUUAUGGGCCCCGUGUGGUGGACGUCCAAGGGGUUCGUGGUAUACCCUUAAUUGAGCAUCUGCAUGCCUUCCGUAUGAUUUGCAUUUCGAUUUUAGAGCCCUUUUCCGAGCAUGUUGUUCUCCAAUCCUGUCAUGACCCUGGGAGCUGUCUACUCCCCUUCCUGCAUUUGUUUCCUUUGUCACUCUUUCCCCCAUAUAUGCCUUUCUUAUUUCUAUCUCCUUUUCUUACGUCCUGAUCGGGUCCUGAUGGCCGGUGUUCCGUGUUCAUGGGCGGGUCUGGGUAAAUGUGAUGGUGAUGCGUGGAUAGCAUCUGUACAGUUGUCUCUUAUUCUUUGGCCUCGCCUCAUCAUAGAUAUGGCAGUGACACGAAUGGUGCCAGUGGUGGAGGAUCGUGAUGUUAUGACUUAGACCAUAUAGGCAUAUAUACCGUGCAUAUCGCCUGUGGAUUUGUGUUUUCUGUAAUGAUGUUAUCUACUAGUAUUGGUUACAGUCCCGCU